GGGCAGCCACCAUGCCCCCCACGCUGGCAGAGGAUGGUCAGCAGCAGCGUAAGAACUCGCGCAAAAUCAAGCGUUUGCGGGAUGCAUCCUGCAUGAGGACACGGGAGACAGCGCAGGACCGUUGGGGGCGGCAGCGCGGCGGGAGAAAGGCGCGAUGGGACAAGUGGGACAGGCAGCCCUCCGCCUUCAAGAGCCGCCUGCGGUCAGGAAAUUUCGCCGCCGCUGCUGCCGUCGCCGGCGGCGGCCUCGGCGGUGGGGUUGUUGACGAUGACGCUAUCCUCGAAGCCGCAGAGGAGGCGUUCGCCUUCGUUGACGCCGCCACAAUGAAGGUGGCUGCGGCUGCCAACACCGCUAACCCUGUCCUUAGUUCCGAAGGAACCGCUAGCGAUGAGGGCGUCGGUGGGGGUGCUGGUGCCGAGGGAGACUCGGAUGCUGGCACCGGUAUCCCGGCUUGCUCCGUCGCCGUCGUGGACGGUGGGCGUGUCACCGGCGGGGAUGACGUCCCCCCUGAAGUCGCUGCUGGAGACGGCGCGCACACGCCGUCCCCGACGAGACGAGCGCUGCAGCGGCAAGAAGAGACGCCGCCGUGCACGACGACGCCGGAACCGGCGGCGGCGGCGGCCGUCCUUGACGCGGGGGGGAGCACCGACGAUGCCGUUGCGUUGUCACCGGUGCCGGCAACCACGGCAACAGCCGUAUCAACACCCUCUUCGGCCCGUAUUAUUGUUAAUGGUGUGAGCGGCAGCGGUAGCAGCGGCGGCGGUAGUAGUAGUAGUAGGUCGAAGACCGCCGGCAGCGGGGGCCUCCGGUCGUCUCUGAGAUCGCCCGGCGGUCUUUCUCGCGCCGGGUCUAAGGGUAGCGGCGUCGGCGGCGGGCUUGGAAGCGGGAGCUAUCGCGGGAGUCCUCCUCCUCUCCACCGUAGGCUUAGCUCGCCGGCAGGGGUUGGCAGCGGCAAGAAGGGCCAGAGACAACGCCAGGCAGGGGGCUCGACGGCUGGGGGGUCGACGGCUCGGGGGUUAGGAAGCGCCAGGAAGAAAAAACAAGCGUCGCGGAGCGAUGCGGGGCGGCAGGGGGGCGCAGGAGAGGAGGAGGUAGCCGCGGCGACCCCACCACCCCCCCCGAGCCUGUUCGAGAGCGUGUUCAAGGACAAGUUACCAAGCCUGACGCCGAGAAAAGCACCUCCAGCCACGCCGCGGCUCAGCAGGGAUUCGAUCGUUCACGCGAUCUUUCAGUCCCUCUUCGGCAAGCGCAAGGUGCGGAGCGGUCCCCGCGAGCGCUACGGGGGGGACUGGGACGACGUUGACGACGAGGACGAUGACGAGCUGGAGGCCGACGAGGACGAGGUGGACGAGUCGUGGAUCAAAACCGGCAUCAACCUCACCCUCUUCAACUCGCAGGCAGUAGACUUCGCGUGCAGGAGCACGGCCGGGGCUGACCUGCUGCACCAGUACGUGGACAGCAAUGCCGUGUUCCGCCUGGUGACUGACCUCCGCUUCGAAGACCCGAGAGUUCCUAGCCCCCGUCUGAUGAUCAUCAAGGCUGUGUACGAAAACUGCGCGCAUUUGCGACUGCCCACCCUCCGCGCUUUGGCGCACGCCUCUCACGACCAUCUCAUGAGAACCCGCGAGCUUGAGGAUUGGGCCGCGAGGGUGGGCGUCGACAUUGCGGAGGCUGCCGCGGCCGCGGUGGCCGACGGGAUUUCUGGAAGAAGCGGUGCCGGGGGCGGGGCAGGGGGGAGCAGGGCUCGUGUGACCGGUCGGGACCAGUCGCAGACGCUGUGCGAGCUGCUGCUCUUCGUCCUCGAAACGUUCCCGAGAUUUUUCCUGGGAAUGGUCCCCAUCGACGAGGCAGGGGGGCAGCAGCAAGGGGUUUGGCACCACGGCGACCCUGGAGCUACCUUCAACGGGGAUGGCCGCGGGUACGGGAGCGUAGAAGAUUGUGGUGUUGCCGCCCAGGCGGCAGAAGGGUGUGCCGACGUCGGCGGCGUGGACUUUCACGCCGGUGUGUUCUGGGGAAAUGGUUCUUCCUCGGGUGCCGCUAGGGAGAGUGCGGGAGAGGAGCCGCAGCUGCAGACGACCGUUGUCGCAGGCGACAACGGUGGUAGUGGUGCUUUGGAUCCUGCGUUCGACGCGUCUUCGCUACAUGCGGCGACGGCAGCGGCGACGGCAGCGGCGACCCAGUGCCGUUCGCCGACGCCAACACCAAACCAGCCACCCCAACCGCACCCGCCACCACCGCCGGUGGCAGAAUUUAUGUCACCUUCUCAAGCCUGGGGCAGCAACGGUCCUGACAUCGGUAGCCCCAGCGCGGAGAUAACAGAAAACAGACGCGCCACCGGCGAUCAAGAGGACGGCCCCGCCGCCGCAGCAGCAGCAGACGGCGGUGACCAAUGUAAGAGCGGCUGCGGCGGUUGCAACGACAACGAUGGUGCAAGCUUGGCAGAAGAGGGAGGGUUGGUCGGGUCGCCAGGCGGGGGAGGGGCGGGAGCGGGAGGCGGCCCCACCGCUCGGAACGCCACCAGCUCCGGUGGAGACCCGGCGCCGGCUUCCGAACGGUGCGCGCUGGCUUGGCCCAGCUUGGCGUCGGGCUCGCCCUCACCCGCCACCGGACAGCGCCAAAACCAGGAGGGCGUCGAGAACAAGCAAGAGCCCCCAUGGUCCCCGGCAUGGGCAACCGCUGGGGUACGGAGCAUCGAAGAUGUUCCACUGGAGAAGGGGGCGGGAUUGGCGGUGAACCGCGGCAGCUGCGGCGACGGUGUUUGGGGCCAGGGAAUGGCGAGCAAGGACCUGGCUUGGGAAUCGGAGGCGGGGCUGGGGGAGGAGGUCGGCGGCGACUUGCGAACGGCGACGGACGGAGUUGCCGGCGCCGCCCGCGCCUUGCGCUUCACGGCGCAGGAGGAGGACGUCGGCGGCGAUGCGGAAGCGACCGGGGACACGGGCAACCAGCUCGCGUCGGGGCGGGAGCGUUCGCGAGAAUCCCCCGUUGCCUCUACUGGCGAAGCAGUGGCGGGGGAUCCCUUCGAGUCCGGGGCGGGAAGGUUGGGGCUUGACGAAUGGCCCACUGCCCAGGAGGCGAAGUCGAGCACGCCUGAGAAGAGAUCGGCGAAGGAACCCGUCGAGCGAAUGGACGGCGCGGCGGUGUCCGGGUCACGGGGAGACACGACGGGAGGCCAAGAGGCAGGCACGCUGCAGCCACUGCCGACGGCGACCGGCUGCACCACCGCAGGCGGCGGUGGGCCUGCGCUUGAGCUCGACCUGCCCGCCGUUGCGCUGAAGGAAGCCACUCGGUCGCUCUGCAACCUGUACGCCAGCCACGGCGCGCCGGCCGCGGGGGCGGAAGCGGCAGCGUCCGCGGAUGCCCCGGAGCGGCUGCAGCCGCUGGCGCUCGCGGGGUCUACCCUGUGCCAGCUCUGGCCGCCGUCGUCGGCGCUGCUGCUCCGGCGCCUGCUCGGGACGUGGCCCACCGGGAGCGCGAGGAGAGAGGUGGCGUACCUGAGGCUGAUCGCCGGCGUGGCGUGCGCCGCGCCGCCGCUCGGGGUGGUGUGCCCUGGCUCGCGCCUCCCGCUCAUGCUGUUCCACCGGCUUGCCAAGUGCAUUAACAGCUCGAACACUAAGGUGGCGCAGGAGGCGGCGUUCCUUGUCCAGGCGGACUUCAUCCUGAUGGUAUACCUCGCUCCGGACCGGCGUCUCAUGGACCUCGUGACGAACGCCCUGUGCGCAAACCGCGAGCACUGGAGCGCGGACGUGCGCAACGCGUCCGACCAGACGUUUGACCUCAUGCUUGACUUUCUCUGACGCCGUCACGGCUUGCCCCGUUGAUUUGCAAGGCUCCUUUGUGACGGGGUGGGGUUUUGGCGAAGCCAUGCGAAGGGCGCGCGGUCUUAAUUGCCUUUUCCUCAUGCCGUCGAUUCUGCUUUGGAAGACCAACGUUGUUGUUUCUAAUGUUGCCCUGCACCGGCAGCUUCUUCCGUCUUUGUAUUAUUGGCUUCCCGUCAUGCCUGUGAGGCGGUGCGAGGCUGUGCGCCGUAUUCAAUGGUCGCAGUUGGAAGCGGCCAUAUCUUCCCGGGUGAGGGUCGCUGUGUGGCCUCUGGUGCAUCGGAGCACUAGAAGCUGGAGGAAAAAUUUACACCCUGUGAAUUUAGUCGGUUCUUGUGUUUUGUUGAACACUACGCUUGAGUUGACGAGAAUCUGGCGGGGGUAGGGUUGGCAGACGUUUGCAAGCACAUCACCAGGCUCUGCCAGCGUUGUAGGUAGUUGCGUUGUAGGAGUGUUUUCCUCUCUGUUUUCUUCUCUCAGGCAGGCAGCGUGCGGCCUUGAAAGGUAUCCCACCCUUGUGCGCGGGAACUGCGUUCGUUUGCGUGCUGUUGCAAAUCCCGUGAGUUUUUUCAAAUACCUUCGAUUCUUGGCGGGGCGCGCUGCUGUUCGUACGUGCUGGCUUAGCAUUGGAUGCCCGAGAGGCGCUCUAUUUUCAACGUCAAGCGUCGGAUUCGGGAUAAGGCCAAGUCUUUUUGGGAGGCAAAGAGUCUGCCACGAAGUUUUUCUUUGUGAGGGUUCCAACUAGUUCAGCUUGGACGGUAAAAGCGCCGACGAAGUGACAUGUACGCAUGUUCGAAUGGGCGUGUCUUCGACUCGAUGGAAGUCUCGUUUAUCUCCCGUGUGUGUAGCAGAAAGCUGUGCAGCAGCUUUUUCGCAGCGGCCUUGACGUACUUUCCCCUCAGGUAACAACAGUUCUUUUGCUGGCGAGUUUUCUUGAGAGAUGAAGACAGUGGUAUUCUGGUUGGUCUCUUAGGUGUACUGCAACUAUUCGCAAGUUUUCACGCGCGUAGCUGUUGGUGCCGUUUGGAUCGUGAUGAGUGUGAGGUGGUCGAUUCUCCCUCGACAUCUUGAGCUGUUUUCAUUGUUGCGCAGGGCCGAACAAUCCUUUUGUUUUGGUAGUGCAACAUGCGCGUACAUUGUACGAGUUGAAGGGAUAAAUACUGACAGGAGGGUUAGACCGGUGCGGGAACACUGACGGGGGGGGGGAGUUGUAGCGGGGUUGUCACCAAUAGCGAUGAGCUCGCAUGUAUAAAAAAGUAACUAAUAUAGGUAACCUGCGAGGUUCGGGGUGGGUAUGUUGGCCGCCGUGCGGUUGGUGAUAAGGACAUGUCAUAGUUUGCAGGUGUAGCCAGAUUUUUCGUUCUCUCCGUCCCACGCAAGGCGGAUUUCUCGAAGGACGUCCGCUUCGUCGACAUAUGACGGAGCGCCAAAAAAAAUGUUUAAGUUCUUCGUGGGGUGCGGAAACUGCUUGUGUUUCGGGGGGUUCCGAUGUAUUCAUGAGGAGCAAUGAAACAGGCUUCUUGGGUAGUUGAGCGAUGGGGCCAAAUUUAGAAGCCCGGCGAUCCGCAAUCCAUGGGAGGUUUACGUAGUAUCGGAUCGUCUAUCAAACGCGAGGAAAGCGUUGGUGAUACAUAAGGCUUGGUUUCGUGCUGUCCAGAUCCAGCAGUAGAAAUAGAGGAUCGGCGCAUGUAUUGUGUCAAGAGUCGUAGUUGCUUUGCUAUGUGGGGUUCAAAUUGUUGCCUCGGAUGCGAUCGACGUGGGUGCGGUUUCUUCACUAUUGUUGCAUUGACGUGUUUGCUUUGUGUUGCGUUACUUUUUUUCCCUGGUGUGUUUCCCUGGUCGGUAUGAAACGCUUAAGUUAGAAUGGCAAUUUUGGCCAAGGGUAGUCUCCCAUUGCUAAAGUUGUAAUCAUGUGUUUAUUUCCCCGUUCUCAAUGUGUUGUUGUUGUUGUUGUUGUUGUUGUUGUUGUUGUUGUUAUUGUUGAUGUUUUCUUCACAAUAACUCGUGUCAGUUGCUAAUCCCAAAAUCUAGCAAAGACUCGGUCCGUGGUCACAAAAAUGCCAGAGCCAUCAGAAGAUCUAACGAACUCGCACACUAUUAGCAAGAAAAGGGUACACAAGCCCGAGGAGGUACACCUACAAUUCCUGCAGCACGUUUGCGUGCGCACAACUGAACUACAC